AUGGGUACUCCCAUGUAUCCAAAUACUAAACUUAACAAGGAUGAGAAUGGUAAAGAUGUUGAUGAAAUAACGUAUAGAGGAAUGAUAGGAUCUCUCAUGUAUCUUACAUACUCUAGGCUAGACAUAGUUCAAAGUGUGGGUGUAUGUUCUAGAUUUCAAUCUCACCCCAAGAAAUCACAUCUUUCAAUCGUUAAAAGAAUUAUUAGAUAUAUAAAAGGCAAAUCUAAUCUUGGCCUAUGGUAUCCUAGAACUGAUGAAUUUCGUGCAGUAGGUUAUUGUGAUGCAGAUUAUGCGGGUGAUCGUGUGAAUAGAAGAAGCAUUUCGGGAAUGUGUUGCUUUCUUGGAAAGUCUCUAAAUGUUUGGUCAAACAAAAAGCAAGCCACUGUUGCUUCAUCCACAGCUAGGGGUGUAAUCGGUUCGGUUUGGUUCGGUUUUGGACCGAAAACAAACCGAACCGACCUGAUCGGUUGA